CCCCGAAAGUUUGAACUUUACAUGGUAUUGCUAAUCUGUUAGUGGUAGUAGUUCAAAAUUAUGUCUUAAAAUAGUUGUUUUAAAUUUUUUGAAGGAUUCAACGUGAAAUAAUGGUUAUAUUUGCUUUGACGCUUGUUAGGCAUGGUGAGACUGGACACAACAAAGACAAUGUCAUUCAAGGGCAAUUAGAUGUGCCUUUAUCUGAAACUGGACUACAACAAGCUGAGCACUUAGCCCGACAUCUACAGCAUCAAAAGUAUACUCAUGUAUUUACAAGUGAUCUUAGUCGAGCAGCUCAGACUGCUGACAUUAUUAUGAAGAGAAGUCAGGUAGAUAAAGGUUCUUUGGUGAAGGAUGAAAGACUCCGGGAAAGAAAAUUUGGAACUGUAGAAGGGAAAAGCUUCAAAUAUCUAAAACAAGCAGCAAAGGAGAUCAAUGACACACCAGGAUCAUUUACUCCAUCAGGAGGGGAGAGUGUACAUCAGCUUCGUCAACGAGUAAUGGCAUUCUUCAAAGAUCUUUGUCAGAAGAUGAGAGAUGAGGAAGAAAGCAACUAUCAGAAUGUUUCAUCUUCUGUUGUAGUGUUUGAAGACAGCAGUGAAAGACUGGUCAAACAGCCCAGUCACAGUGCAAGUACAAACAGAACAGACAAUGUUGGUGAGAGACUAGCUGGAGCUAAAAGAAAACGUGAAGAUUCUCACAGUGAUUGUGGAUUUCAUGAUACUGCAUGUAUUGCUACAAACAAUGAGGAUGUUCCAAACAGUGGUCAACUGAGAAAUGAAGGCUUAACAAAUUGCCCUCUUAACCAAGUUUCUGAACUGCCAAUUUCUGUUGUUCGUGAGAAUGGAAAUAAGCUUACUGAUUUUCAAUUCCCAUCUAUUCUCAGCAAAGAAGGAGGACACUUUGAAUUUCCUGUUGGUCAAGUCAAUGAUGGAAAUUCUCCACAAAAAGAGAAGUCAUCUCAGAGUACAAAGAAUUUGUCCAUAGUUUCCUGUGCUCAUACCUUUCCACCACCAGCCAAUGUCAUUGUGGGUGCCCAAGGAAGUAGCAAAGCUUCACUCACAUUUAAAGACAGCGUAAUACGUUCAUCCCUCAGUCCUUGCACCAGCAACUGUGACAACUGCAAUUGUCCUAAUGUCUCUUUAUCUCCUUUAGUAGAAGAACAGAACAACCUUACAGUUUCCUAUCUAGAGCGUAGGAACUCUGGAUGUAGUUCCAGUGAUGACAUGGAAGAUGCCCUUCCUCUGAUGGCUGAUGUGUUAAUUGUGACACAUGGUGGCUGGCUGAAAGAGCUUAUUCGUCAUUUUGUUGAGGAUCUUGGGUGUGUUGUUCCUGGGGGAAAGAAGCAAGCAAUGCGAAUUAGUCCUAACACUGGUCUAUCUAGAUUUACCAUAUGUUUUGAAAAAGAAGACAUCAAACCUAGAGUAAUUUGUCACCAGAUUCAUGAAAAAGAUCAUCUCAUAGACAUUUUGAGUGAUAUUUCAGGAGGGCUAGCAGAUGUUGUAGCUUUGUGAGGUGAAUUUUGUUUUCUUUUGUAUUUGGAUUAUUGUGCCAUAUUUUGCAGGAGGAGUUGAAUCUUGCCAAAUUUGGGUAUGUCAGACUACUCCUAUGGAGUAUUUUUGAUAUUAUUGCCUAGGUAUUGUCCAAACAAUGAAAAAUAUUUCACAUGUUACACUUUCACCUCACAAACUAAUUUUUUUCCCGUCCAAAUAUUCUAAUACACUUAAAUGUUGCUUCUCAGACUGUUUAUAUAGGCAUAGUUAAGGAGUUUAUGUUUAAAAACAUUUUAGAAUUUAGGCAAAUCCAAAUUAAAAUUACAAGUAGUAGAUUAUUUGUACUAACAGAGUAUUCUAAUUUGUUAAUUGUUUUACUGUGUUGGUUUUUAAUUUCAUUAAAUGAAAAUUGACAGUGGAAAUUAAAGGUUGUGAUGUGUGGGUGUAAGAAAACCCACAUUUCCCUGUCAUUUUCAUGUUCUAUUCACAUAAAAUUGUUUCAUUAUCAACAAUUUCCUGAUGUACUAAAUGUAAGCAGCAUGGUUUUUUUAUGAACUUAUGUAUUCAUUAAUACACAAUACAACUUGGUUGCAGUGUGCAGGGAGACUCUCUUGUUAAUUUUGUCACAGGUGGCAUGAGAAGAUUCCUGAAAAUGUGAAGAUUUGCACAUCAGCAUUUAUUGUAAUGUUAUCUCUAUGAUACUAAAAACAAAGCUUAUUACUGUAUUCAGGAUGUUGAGCUAUUGCUGUGGAUGCGUAUUGUUUUAUUUUUAUCCAGAAAACUUAAAAACUGAUCAUGUUGCUACAUGAUUACCCAGGAUGUAGAAAACUGGUAAUCUUUUAUUGUUGUUAUUAAUCAGAAUGAUAGAAACAGGCUACUUUAUUAUGUUAAUACAAAAGAUGCUACAAAUGUGUUAUUUGUCUUAUUAUCCAAGAUGUUGCUAAAAAUAUACUGUUGUGUUAGUAAUUAAGAUGCUAGAAACUGAUGAACCAGUAGGAAUGUUCUUGCUCUCAGAUUUGUAUAUAUGAACAUGUGUAACAUAGACUUCUCUGUUGUAUAUUAAAGCUAACUUAACAUAUAUGUACAGUAAAUAAUUUUCAUCUUGAAAAGAUUUUCAAAGGAUGUAAAUUGAGAAUCAACAUAAAAAAUAGUGCAUUCUUAUUGAGCUAAUUCACACAAAUAAUUAAUUAUAAUAAUGUCUAAGUUCUUUAAUUGCUAUAAACUUGUUUGACUAGUAACAUAUCACUUAAGUUUCUAUAAUAAAAUUAUUUUCCCUCCAUAAUGAAAUAUCUGAAAGAUACAUUAAUUAGAAAUGUUUUAAUGCAUAGUAUUCUGUUAUUUUUAUCAUAACUGCAAAGUAUUCCUUUUACAACUUUAAAUAUCAUAAGUUCACAGUUGUGAAUAACUUAAUAUUUUAGGUUUCAUUCCUUUAGUCAUUUCCAAUAAAGUUAGUUUAUUUUUCUAAUUAUCUUAGUGUCAUCUGUACUUCAAGAAAAGAUGCAAACAAAAGAAAUGAAUGAAUUGUUGUGUGUCAGCUUUUAGUUUCAGUACUAGCUCUGGUGUGUCAUGAAUGUGACUAUCACUUUCUGAACAUUUAUCCUGGAUAAUAAAUUCUCACAGAUAAUACAGAUAUAUAUUAUUUUAUUAAAACUUACUGCUUUCAGGUAUUUAAAGGUGUUUAUUGUAACCAGAAUAAUAUAGUAGGUGAUUGAAAGUUGUUAAUUAAAAAGAUAUUUGCAGUAAAGAAUUAUUUUUUCAAUCUUUUGGGAAGAUUGUAUUUACCUUGGUUUUGGUAGAUCAUGGUAUUCCAUUAUAUUUGUUUACAUAUAUAUCACAUAAUAUAUAAAAUAGAGAUGUACAUUACCAAGUAAAAAUAGAUGUUUUAAGUCAGAUUUAGAAAAUGUACAAUUUUUUUAAGAAGAAAAAAAAAUAUUGCCAUCUCUACUUGUGAAAAUGUGAGCAGUAUUAUUUAGCUUCUUGGUAGCUUUAUUUAGAUUUUAAUGAGAGUGUUAUCUUGAACUUCCUUCACUGUGGAUUCUUGUUGAAUAAAUAAAAUCAGCUUAUAAUUAGUAAACAAAAUUCAUUACGAAUCCAUCUGGUUGUGAGAUGUUUAGCUGUAUAUUGAUAUGCAUUUUAAGUGCUUUAAAUUUAUGAGAUUAGAUUGCAUGCUCUACUUAUAAUGAUUUUCAGCUAUAAUCCCAUCAGAGAAUUUAUCCACAAUAGCUACGAUGAAACAUUUUUAUGUAUGUUUUAAAAGUAGAAUUCAUUCAUCAUAGGUGAAAUUUUUGUUUUCGGUAUUAUAUACCAAUUGCAUUAUCAUUUAUUUAAACUCUUUCGUAUUAUAACUUAUGCUAUAUAAUUGAUAGGUUGGGAUAUCAUGACCACAAUUUACUUUGGCGCGUGUUUUUUUAUCUGUUAACAUCUGCCAUAAUGAACAAAUUUGAUGUAAUAAGAAGCUUUGGUGCCUUGGAUAGUUAGAACUGUGUUAAAAUUAAUACUUUGUUGAGUACCGGAGAUUUGUCCAAGUUGCAAGAAUUCUUUUGUGAUAAAUCUUGUCAGUGAUUAGUUUAAAGUUACAGAAUCCAACAUUGUUGUAGAUACAGGAUAGGAGGAAGAGAGCACCUAGACUUGUUAAUCAUCUUGUAUUUUGUACAUUUUAUAUUUGUUGAACAGUAUUGUUAUACAAUCAUUUGGAUGGUUAUGUAAGAAAACAAAUUUCUUGUGAGUUUUAACAAAACAACUGACAUUCAGAAGUUCUGUGAUUAUGUAAACUGUAGUGUUUUCUGGCUUUAAGUACUCUUAGUAAGAAUGUGUUAUUCUGGUAAUAUUACAGUCAUUGUCGUGUAUUUAUUUUUACAUAGAUUAUUUUGUUCAAACCAUCAACUUUUGUGUUUAAACAUGUUUUUAGACAUAUUCAAAAAUAAUAGAUAGUAUUUGGACACUGAAUAUCUAGCUUGUACAGUACCACAGAAACAUAAAAUGAAUAUAAUAUUUAAAGCACACCAACACAAGUUAAUGUUGUGACAAGUACAAUUUCUUCUUAAAGCUAUAGGAUCUGUUAAAAUGUAUCAGUACAAGGUCUUUUUAGAAAAACGUUGAUAGCAUAUGUACUUAAAAUUGAUUAUUGGAAUUUACGUUGCAAUGUAAGUGCUGAAAAGAAAAAAAUUAUAAAAGAAAUUGUGUUUGAAAGUUUCUUGAGAAAGCUAUCCUAUGAAUAUAAACUCUUAAAACUGUACCAUUCAGUGUGAGUACAAAAAGUAAAUUAUGUACAUACUAAUCUGUAAUAUGUUUUGGCAUGUUAAAGUAAUUCUAAAUUUUCAUUUCACAUUAUGUAAUUCAUACAGCAAGUAUUUGUUGUGUAUAUUAUGAAGAAUAUACUUUUAUUAAAAGAAUCAAAAUCUUUGAUUACUUUCAAUUUGGCUUGCAUGUUUAUAGUAAAAAACUUUGUUCAGAAAAUAAAAAUUGGCAUAUUUAGUAGUUGGUAGUAAUGCUCUAAAAUAAGGCAUUAUUAAACAUAGGUAUGAGAUCAAAGUAAGAUACAAGUACCUUUCAUAUUUUAGUUUCAAAUUAUGGAUGUUGUAAUAUAAGUAAUAAUUUGGUGCAAUGUUUGAUAUUUAACUUGUUACUACUGCCAAUUUGACAAAAUUGGUGUUAUUUACUAAACAAUUUGUUAAAACUCUAACGUCAAGAAGUAUUCCCUUUUAUCCUGGUCAAGGGUAGAAUCAAAUGAGAACUCUGCUACUUACUGAAAGUGUGCUAAACGUGAAUAUGUGGAAGUGCUACUAAAUUUGUUUCAGCUAGUAGAUUUUAAUGAUACUGCAGGUGUAAUGUUUUAUAAGUGUCCGCAGUUAUCGUAAUGGUAGGUUUUGGUUUUAUUUUGUAGGGAUACAAACAUCAAAAUGGUGUACACGCUGAUGUUUUCUAUAAGUGUUUUUUAUUCAAAAAUUAAUGUUGUAUAGUAAGUACCAGUUUAUUAGUGGAAAAUAAUUAAUAAUUGGGUUAUUCUAGCCUUUGCUUUUCUCAUUUAUGAAAUAAUUCAAUUGCAUCAGCUGUUUUGUGAAAAACUGUACGAAACUUAAAUGGGUGAAAAAUCAAUGGGAUUAUUUAUUAGGUAUCUUCAAAUAGCUAUAUUUUUAAAAGUUUCUAUUGUAUUCAUUGACAUAGAUUUAGAGGUAUGGUAUCUUAAAAAAAACAAAAACAUGAAAGUAUCCGAAAUUUAUAUAUUUUUAUAUUUUUGGAAUUUGCUAAUCUAAGAUCAGAAAAGCAAAACUUUUUCAAGAUUGCAUAAGUCUUAUUAAUAACAGUUUCAAAUCAAUAUGAACCAAAUCUUGGCUAAUGGCUUUCUUCCAAAUUAGAGUAUUGAGUGUUUAUGUAAAUUACUUUAGGGGCUUCAGUGGGAAGGAAAGGUCAUUUUACUUACUUUCUAGCUACAAGCCUGUGUGUGUACAAACUGAUUGAUUUGUUGUGACAGUAUAUAUCACAACAGUGUAGUAGAUUUUGGAGAAUCAAAUGAAGAGCUUUCUUAAACUACUGCAUUUAUUUCAUUCUUCCUAAAUAGAGCUUAUUACCUAUGGUGCUUUUUAUACAGUGUUAAAUGUGCAUUUGUAAGUAGAAAGGGGUGGAAUUUUGAGUACUUUUCUAGUAUUUUAGAAAUUAAACUUUUCUGGGUAAUUCAAUCAAAACAUUCUGAAAAUGCAUUAGUCAAAAGAUUCACUCCAAAUGUGACCAAUACUCAACAAAAACACAUCUUUGAUAUAAUAAUGUAACAAUAAUACUUUUUUUUUCUUUCCUAUUUUACAAAAUUUCUGUAUUAUUCAGACAAAAGAACUGUUUAGGGGAUAAGUAAAGGAUGUUAUUUAAGACCUUGAAAGGAUGAAGAAAAAAAGCAAGUUGUUAAAGCAAUUAAUGGAUACGAGGUUUUUUUACAUAUUACAAUUUUUUGUUUUUACAGUGUAUGUGAGAGAAACAAUUAUAUAUAUAUA